AAAAGAAGUGAAACUUUGCAGGAGUGUGAUGGGCGUGGCCAGCUAUCACCUGCGCGCUUACGUGUCAGUGGGCGUGGCUUUCGGGAUGUCUCCCGGAGAAUGGGCGUGGCUUUCGGAAUGUCUCCCGGAGAAAGGGCGUGGCCUGGCGCAGUUCCUCUUGCGGGACAGGUGUCAGUGGGCGGGGCUUAGCAGUCGGAGCACGAGCCGCAGCAUGAGCAGGGAGCAGGGUCCUCCGGGCAGGUCUAACCUGGACCUGUCUCGGGAUCUCAGCGAUUGUAUGGACGCUCUGAAUCUGUUUCUUAACAAUCGCUUCGAUGAAAGCCUCGAACUCCUACAACCAAGGGCCAAAGACAGUAUGUACCACAGUCUGGUAUACAGCACCAUCCUGGAAAUGCAGGCUAUGAUGACGUUCGAACGUGAUGACAUCAUCAACGCCGGGCAGGUGAUGAAGCAGGCGCAAGAAAUAUGCCAAAGGUUUCGGAAGAAAACUUCCCUCAUUAGUAAAUCUGGAGCAGAAACCUAUACAGAAGUUGAGGCACAUGCAGAGGUUUGCUUCGCCGAAUGUUUACUACAGCGGGCGGCUCUGAUCUUCCUACAGGAUGAGAAUAUGAUUAAUUUUAUUAAAGGUGGGAUGAAAGUUCGGAACAGUUACCUCAUCUACAGAGAGCUCAAUAACUUUAUGCAGUCUAAUGGCUUCCAGAAGGGCGAUUCACAUGUUCACCUCCAGGGCGGCGUCUCGUUGGGUAUUGGAGCUUUUAAUCUGACGUUGUCUCUCUUCCCUCCGAGGAUUUUGAAGAUACUGGAAUUUGCUGGCUUCUCUGGAGAUAAGGAAUAUGGUCUGACCCAGCUCCAUGAAGGUGCCACAUCUUAUAACCUGCGUUCCUUGCUUUGCACCAUGCUACUACUGUGCUACUACACCUUCCUGAGCUUCAUCCUGGGAAUCGGCGAUGAAGAUAUCAGAGAAGCAGAUUCCCUACUUGAGCCCUACCUCAGCCGAUAUCCCAAGAGCGCCAUCUUUUUGUUUUUUGCUGGAAGGACUGAGGAAAUUAAGGGCAACAUUGAUGAAGCCAUCCACUGGUUUGAGGAAGGUUGUUCGGCCCAGCAGUCCUGGAAGCAGUUUCACCAUAUGUGUUACUGGGAGUUGAUGUGGUGUUUUGCCUACAAGGGGAUGUGGAAGGUGGCGUACUUCUAUGCGGAUCUACUGAGCAAAGAAAACCGCUGGUCAAAGGCCAUGUACGUCUACAUGAAGGCCGCCUUUCUCAGCAUGCUACCUGCUGAUGAGUCUCGGCCGUUCGGAGAGAGUGAGGAGGAGUUGUUCAGACAAGUGCCUUCAUUAAAACAGAAAAUAGCUGGGAAAUCUCCUCCCACGGAAAAGUAUGUCAUCCGGAAGGCGAGGAGAUACCAGGCCAAGAAUCCUACCAGUUUACCAGUCCCUGCACUGGAGAUGAUGUACUUAUGGAAUGGAUUCUCAGUGCUCGGUAAGGAUGCCCAGUUGACUGGAGGCGCCUUGAAUACACUUUGUGAGGCUGAGAACCGUCUGCUGCGAGAGCCAGAUAAUGAAUACUUGGAUGAUGACCACUGCUCCAUUUUACUACUAAAAGGUCUAUGUCUGAAGCAUCGGGGGAGUCUGACACAAGCUGAACAGUGCUUCACCCACAUCCACAAGAGUGAGAAGAAAAUAAAGCACGACCACCAUUUAGUACCCAAUGCCUUGCUGGAGCUCAGUCUCCUUUACAUGCAACAACGUAGAGGCGAAGACGCCAUCCCCCUCCUUCGAUGUGCCAAAAACAAUUAUAAGAAUUACUCCAUGGAGUCACGCACCCUGUUCAGGAUUCAUGCUGCACUCUCAAAGCUCAAAGCCGCAGACUCUGAGGAGAACAGCACAGAUGGUGCCAGCCCGUCCUGAUCGCCAUUGUACUUCACUGCCAUAGUUACACGUUUACCCCUUGGAUUGGUUGCUCUACUCCCACAUGACUAAUGCGCUUAAAAAUUUGGUCUGUACUAUGUUUAUUAUUAGUGUUUUCUCACCAGUUCAUUAAUAUUAAAUAAUAUAGUGAUAAAUGAGUCACAGUAACCUGAACAAAACCCACAAAGACAGUGUUUCCCAACCAGGGUGCCUCCAGCUGUUGCAAAAUUACAACUCUCAGCAUGUCUGGACUGCCUUUGGCUGCCCGGGCAUUCUGGGAGUUGUAGUUUUGCAACAGCUGGAGGCACCCUGGUUGGGUAACACUGCUCUACGGCCUUGUCCCUAUGUCUACACUGCAGUCUAUGACUGGAAACCUUGAUGGUGUGUGCACAGUUAUGGAUGUGAACAAGGCCUGACCUGGAAAAAUGAAGCCUGGAUUCUGGAUGUGAAGGGUCACAAGGAUGUUUUCUAUUUUAUGAGGCCAAGUGACUGCAGGGUCUGAGCCUGAUCACUGCUUGUAAUAAAUUGUAUAGUUGUUGUAUCACUUUGUAUCAUGUUUAUUUUAUUACAAGACGUGACAUGGAGUCUGCUCCUCCCACCACAGGGUGAUAUA